CAUAGAGACAAUUCUCUGCCACUGCGCCACCGUGUGGUACACCAGCUGCACAGCAGAGAACCGGAGAGACUUGGCCCGGGUUGUUAAAACAGCGCAGAGGAUCGUAGGAACCAAGCUCCUGACUCUGGACACAGUACAUGCUAGCCGUCUACACAAGAAGGCUAGCAACAUCAGCAAGGACCCAACCCACCCAGGUCACAGUCUGUUUGUCCCCCUGCCAUCGGGGAGAAGCUCAGUCGAUGAAGAUGGAGUCCGUGGAGGUUCAGCAGGGAGUGGAGACUGCUGUGACUGAGACAGAGACCCAGCACAUCACCCAGGCACAGCUCGCUACUCUGGCACAGGUAACCAUGACAACAGGGCACGCCUCAGCUACAGGUCCCACGGUAACGCUGGUACAGCUUCCAAACGGACAGACGGUUCAGGUCCACGGUGUGAUCCAGGCCGCACAGCCCUCUGUCAUCCAGUCACCACAGGUCCAGACUGUGCAGAUCUCCACCAUAGCAGAGAGUGAGGAUUCACAGGAGUCCGUAGACAGUGUCACUGACUCUCAGAAGCGACGAGAGAUUUUGUCACGACGCCCCUCAUACAGGAAAAUCCUGAACGACCUUUCGUCGGACGCACCGGCCGUCCCUCGUAUCGAGGAGGAGAGGGCCGAGGAGGAUUUGACCGUUGCCGCCGCCACACAUUCCAUCACCACUGUCACCAUGCCCACGCCCAUCUACCAGACCAGCAGCGGCCAAUACAUUGCAAUCACACAGGGUGGAGCCAUUCAGCUGGCUAACAACGGCACAGAUGGAGUCCAAGGCAUCCAGACUCUGACCAUGACCAACGCGGCAGCAGCCACCCAGCCCGGAGCCACCAUCCUCCAGUACGCCCAGACCAGCGACGGCCAGCAGAUACUGGUUCCCAGUAACCAGGUGGUGGUCCAAGCUGCCUCCGGUGACGUCCAGGCCUACCAGAUCCGAGCGGCCCCCACCAGCACCAUCGCCCCCGGGGUGGUCAUGGCCUCAUCCCCUGCCCUGCCCGUCCAGGGCGCCACCGAGGAGGUCACACGCAAACGGGAAGUCCGCCUCAUGAAGAACAGGGAGGCAGCGCGUGAAUGUCGCAGGAAGAAGAAGGAGUAUGUUAAAUGUCUGGAGAACCGAGUGGCUGUCCUGGAGAACCAAAACAAGACACUGAUCGAAGAACUUAAAGCCCUCAAAGACCUUUACUGCCAUAAGUCUGAGUAGUUCAAGUCUUGAACGCCGAGCCCGGCCGAGUACCAUUUCACUUCUCUUCAAAGACUGGCUGGCCUUCCUCUUUGCACACGGCUGGCCUACCCAGUCCAGCUUCUACUACCUUCUCUUCAGCAGACUGUCAAUAAGGAUUCAUUUAAAAAUACACACAAUCUUUCCGAUAUCAGUACACUAAAAUAGCAGCUACAAUCCAGCUGCUGA